UUCAGUCGCUUCGCGCCAAGUGCAUUCCCACCAAGGACGGGAAACCGGUCGCAACGUUACGCAGCGUUACGCACAGGCACACGUUUGACGCGGUGUUUUGGUGUUUUGUUUCCGUGCGAACAAUUAUCGAGUGAGAAUAGCGAAUCCAAAAACAACCCCUAGCAAGACACAAAAAAGUGCUAUUGGUUUCGAAGAACGAGAGAGAAACAGAGAGUGAAUACAUUCUUUGCAUAUCGUGCGUGCGUGCGUACACAUCUGCGUGUCAUUGGUGCUGGUUGUGCAAGUGCAAGUGGCAUCGAAGAUCAGGCUGGUGGUGACAGCGGCUGAUCGGCGUUGUGAGUGUGUUCGGGUUGAUCCGUGUGAAAGCGUGCGAAAAUUGUCACCAUUUUUCCGUUCGACAUAUUUCACCUGUACUCCGCCGAUCUGGAGCAACGGAGCAGUGCCCUCGGCCUCGAGGCCAAUUGCUUGAAAAGAAGGAAAUGUAACAGCGACAUGGAGCGGGACCGUGAUCGUGACCGCGAUCGCGAACGUGACCGGGCAGCCGAGCGGGACGUGAAGCCGCUCGAGCCGCGCGACCUGUCCGCGACGCGCCUGUUCACCGCGACGCAGAUCAAAAUCAGCACCUCGCCCACCACAUCGCCGACCAUCUCGAACUCGUCGUCGCCCACACCGACCCCCCCGAUACCGGCCGUCUCGCCCGCGGUGACGGGCGUCGGCAGCGGGUACCACCAUGCGAACCACAAGCAGAUCACCGGCAUACCGUGCGUGGCCGCCGCGUCCAAGUACACCGCACCGGUGCACAUCGAUGUCGGCGGUACGAUCUACACCAGCUCGCUGGAAACAUUAACCAAAUAUCCCGACUCGCGGCUAGCCAAACUCUUCAACGGCUGCAUCCCGAUCGUGCUGGAUUCGCUCAAGCAGCACUACUUCAUCGACCGUGACGGUGGUAUGUUUCGCCAUAUACUGAACUUUAUGCGCAACUCAAAGCUGCUUGUGUCGGAAGACUUCCCGGACCUGGAGCUGCUGCUGGAGGAGGCCAAAUAUUUCGAUAUUGUUCCUAUGAUCAAACAGAUCGAACUGCUGAAGAAGGAGCGGCAACGCAGCGGGAAUGGUAUUCCACCGUUCGGCGGGGGCAGUCGGAGCAAAUGUAAGGGCACGGUACAGACGGACACGGCCAGCCACGACGUGGUGGCGCUGCACAUCUCGCCCGACCUGGGCGAGCGCAUACUGAUCUCGGCCGAGCGGGCCGUCCUGGACGAGGUGUUUCCCGAGACGAACCAGGCGAUCCUGGACGCGCGGACCGGUGCCGCCUGGAACCAGUUCGACGGCCGGCAGGUGAUACGGUUUCCGCUGAACGGGUACUGCAAGCUCAACUCCAUCCAGGUGCUGACCCGGCUGCUGAAUGCGGGCUUCAGCGUGGAGGCCAGCACCGGGGGCGGCGUCGAGACGCAGCAGUUCUCCGAGUAUCUGCUGAUACGCAAGAGCGCGAUGUGAUAGAGUACUUUCCAAAAGCGUUCGCAUCCUUAGCUUUCGAAAAGCCAGUGUCUACGCGUCACGUAUCGGGGAGCUAAUUGCGCUUCUCGCAGCUACAGUUUUGGGUUGGGAAAGAGAAGGACGGAGAAGAAGACAGACAGAAACACACACACAUAUGUACGAUGUGAAUCGUAAUCGCCAUGAUCGUUACACUUAAAAAAAACUCUACGUAUUAGUAAAACAUUGUCUCCCCCUAGCAAGCCACCUUUUUAAACAGUCUUUUCCGCCUGCCGUAAUGUGGAUUGCAUAAGCGCAGGCGUAAGUACUUAAAUAGUAAACACAGCAACAAAAAAGCGUAAAAAUAAACAUAAACAAAAACAUAAUCGAUGUAAGUGGUCCGAAAGCAAAACAAAAAAAAACAACUGAAGAACAAACCUAUCCGGUGAACCUCCGAUGUAUUAAGUGAAGCAUAGCGUAAAGUCUAGUUAAUUAUAUAUUAGUAGUGGUAGUAGUACCCUUUCACAUUAACUUUAUGUUACCUCUUUGUAUACUACGUAAGCGAGUCGGGACCCGCAUCCGUGGACUGAUCUAAUAAAAACCAGC